CUCAUCAGCAGAGCGCGAGCACUGAGAUGCUCAGUGGUGUCGGAUGACCGAACAGCGUCAUAAAGAGCACCUGUUUCUGUGGAUCACGGCGUGCCAAACCUGUUCUGUAUACUGAAGCUUCGGGAAAACAGCAGAAACACAUCUUCACGGGCAUAACAAUCUAAUGUGGGUCGACUGAGAAGAAUGACAGCUCAGAGAAACAAACACGGACUCAUGGCUAUUAAGGAGUUAGAGAAUAUUCUGGACACAUGUAAACUUGAUCUAAAUCCAUUCGACGAGGUCUGGCCGAAUUUGUACAUUGGAAACGUGGCCAUUGCUCAAAAUAGAAAUGCAUUGAUGAAAAUGGGGAUCACUCAUGUCUUAAACGCUGCCCACUCCAAGCAAGGCAGCAUUGGGGACCAGAGUUAUUACGGCAAUACAGUUGAGUAUUAUGGCAUCCCAGCAGAAGACUCUUCAUCAUUUGAUCUAAGUGUAUACUUUAAACCGGCUUCUGAUUUCAUCCACAAAGCCUUGAGGAAGAAGAAUGGAAAAGUGCUUGUUCAUUGCAUCAUGGGAAUGAGUCGGUCUGCCACUCUGGUUCUAGCGUACCUUAUGCUGCGUCAGCGUCUUUCUCUCUGCACUGCCAUCCAAACAGUUGUACUGCAAAGAGCAAUCUAUCCUAACAGGAACUUUUUGAGCCUUCUCCUGGAUUUGGACAUCCAGCUACAGAGAAAGCGAAUGCUGUGUCCUAUUCUCUGACGGGAAAAAAACACAAAUAUCAUGAGCACACAAAUGCACAUGCAUUCAUUUUAAAUAACUAAAAGGUAAGGAGGUAACCACCAUUGGUAUGUUUACAUUAUUUAUGAUAUGUAUAUAUAUAUAUAUAUAUAUAUCGUUUCAUAUAGUAAAACUUGUGCCUUGCAGGUUUAUUGUAUGUAUAGACCAUCUUUUUACUUGUCCAUACAUUUACAAGAUUAUUAAAUAAAGUUUUAAGAAUUUAUUUAUAAAACAGUUUAAUAUUGAAUGAAAGUUUUAAUACUGAAUUUUUAUUUUACAUUUGACACGUCUGCAUAGUCAUAUUAUCAUAGGUGGCUUUAAUGUACAGUGUAGUGUAAAUGAAGGAAAUGAGAAUGUUGUUUUUAAGGAAAGUCUAUACGAUAUAUUCAAGUUGCAGCUCUGAACCACAGCACAAAAGUGCCACAUGCUCCUCACACUGUGAAUAAUAUUUAACAGUGCAGUCAGUAUUCAGCAUAGAAUACCAAAUUAAGCAGUAUUAAAUGAUUGAAUUGUGGUUUAUUAUUCAGCUGCAGAGCAUACCCUCACUGUGAGCAGUAUUAGCUUUUACGUUGCUUUUGGCAGACACAUUUGGAGAAAUAUACGGGCCAAGCACAACACUCUUCUGUUUACUCAAUCCUAAAAACCUUGUUUAAAUGACUGAACAGCACUCACUGAUGUGAUUUUAGUGCACCUUUUUGUUUUAAUAGCAGAAUAAUGUUUCAUUCAGCUCAUUGAUUCACAGAAGUUCCUUUGUUAUCUUGGAGAAUAUUUAGUGUAUAAAUGCACAGUUUUGUUAAUGCACUAUAUACUUACAUUUAAUUGCACAUUAGACUCUGUUGACCAUGAGAGGGAUAAAUAUUGAAUUUGUUACACUGUUAGAUAUAUAUGUUAAGUAUUUUCGAAAGUGUAACAACUGCACUAUGGGAUUCACGUUCAAAUGUUUUAUACAGACAAGGUGCCAAAU